AUGGCGGGCAACCUGGCUGACCCGUCACAGAAUCCCCCCGUCGUGUCCAAGGGAUACCAGGCCAAGGGUGCUUACCAGACCAUCAAUGGCCUGAAGACCUAUGUCACUGGCCCCGAGUCGGCCACCAAGGCCAUUCUGGUGGUAUACGAUAUCUUCGGGUUCUUCGACCAAACCAUUCAGGGUGCCGAUAUCCUGGCUACUUCGAACGAGCAGAAAUAUCGCGUCUUCAUGCCUGAUUUCUUUGAAGGCAGCCCCGCAGAUAUCUCCUGGUACCCCCCGACCACCGACGAGCACAAGAAGCUCCUCGGCAACUUCUUCUCAACCCAAGCUGCCCCGCCCAAGACCUUGUCCAAGAUCCCCAACAUUGUGGCCGAGGCCAACAAGCUCGCACCCGGCGGUGCCUUCUCCUCCUGGUCCAUCCUAGGCUUCUGCUGGGGUGGUAAAAUUGCUGCGCUGUCGGUGGGUGCUGAUAACAAGCUCUUCAAGGCGGCCGCCCAAGCACACCCUGCGAUGGUCGACCCUAACGACGCAAAGAGCGUGAACGUGCCGUUUGCGAUGCUGGCCUCCAAGGAUGAGCCUGCGAGCGAUGUCUCUGCGUUCAAGGCUAACCUGAAGGUCCCCAACCACGUCGAGACCUUCUCGACUCAGAUCCACGGCUGGAUGGCUGCUCGCUCGGACCUGGAGGACCCUGAGGUGCGUAAGGAAUACGAGCGUGGCUACAAGACGGUGCUCGAGUUCUUCCACCAGCACUCUUGA